CUCUAAAUGACAGGAAAGCAUCACUUUAUGACCAAUUGUGGGAUCCGUUGACAAUCACAGACAAUAUGCAGAGAAGUCUUUGUCCGACUCAACGCAACAAACGAAAGUCAGACCCAAAUGACGAGUCGUCCACAUCUGGCAAACGGUUUGUCACACCUUUGAGGCGACCGUUGAGGCCAUUGAAGAAAGUGAGUGUUAAUAUCACUUUCGGUCAACACUUCGCACACCAGACUAUCGACCAGAAGGUGGCUCACGAGGAAUACAUCCGCAAGAUAUUAAGCAAACCCUUUGUUAUACCCAUCAAAGGAUAUAAAGGCGGUUCCUAUCGAUCACUUGGAGUACGUCUGAGCGGAGGUCGGCGUCCACUACACGAUCCCGAAGCAGACAAUGCGCUCAUACUAUGGACUCCUCCAGUGAUGACCAAAGACGAGGCGCUGAAAGUGAAGCCAAACGACCAGAAGGUUCACGUGGUUAUGGAUCCCAUUCUGACGGAUGUUCUUCGGCCGCAUCAGAGAGAAGGCGUGAAAUUCAUGUGGGAUUGUGUGACAGGAGUGCACAUUGAGGGCAGUUAUGGCUGUAUUAUGGCUGAUGAGAUGGGUUUGGGAAAGACUCUUCAGUGCGUUUCACUCGUCUAUACUCUCCUCAAACAAAGCCCGGACUGUAAGCCAACCAUUGAUAAGGUGGUGAUCGUCGCCCCGAGCAGUCUCGUCAAGAACUGGUACAACGAGUUCAACAAAUGGUUGGCCAACAGAGUGAACGCUAUGGCCAUCGAUGGCGGAUCCAAAGCCGAGAUCGACAACAAACUCUUGUCUUUUAUAAACACCAUUAAAGGCAGGCGUUGUGUGAAUCCAAUUUUGAUCAUCUCUUACGAGACCUUCCGAUUGCACGCAAAAGUGUUGCACUCCGGAGAGAUCGGACUCGUUAUCUGCGAUGAGGGCCACCGACUCAAGAAUCAGGACAACCAGACCUAUCACGCGCUCAACCAAAUCAAUGCCAAGCGUCGUAUCCUUCUGUCGGGAACUCCCAUUCAAAACGAUUUACUCGAAUACUUCAGUUUAGUUCAGUUCGUGAACGAAGGCAUUCUGGGAACCGCUCACGAGUUUAAGAGGAAGUAUGAGAACCCAAUCCUCAGGGGUAGGGAUGCGGCCGCCACUGAUGCAGAUGUGGCGGUGGCUAAGGAAAGGUUAGACGAGUUGCUGUCAAUUGUGAACAAAUGUAUGAUUAGAAGAACCGCUUCUAUUUUGUCGAAGUAUUUGCCCGUAAAAUACGAGCAAAUAGUUUGCUGUGAAUUAACUCCACUGCAGAAGACUUUAUACACGUUUUUCCUCAAAUCCAAAGCCGUCGUCCGCGCUGUCAGGGAUUCAGAUGCCGGACGCUCUUCAGGGGGUGGCAAAGGAGGAGGAAAUGCGUCACUCAUUGCCAUCACAUUCCUCAAGAAACUCUGUAAUAGUCCUCAAUUGGCGUACGAUAUGUGUAAAGACCCGAAGAAUGAAUUGAAUUCACUCUUAGAUCUAUUUCCGGCUGACUUUGCGGCACUCAAUGCCAAACAAGUGAUGCCUAAUAUCUCUGGAAAGAUGCGAGUAUUAGACACUCUGUUGGCGUUCAUUAAGAGCCAAACCACUGAUAAAGUUGUUUUGGUCUCCAAUUACACGCAAACAUUAGAUCUCUUCGAACGGUUAUGUCGUUCGCGAGGCUAUGGUUUCGUUCGUUUGGACGGUUCGAUGUCUAUUAAAAAACGCGGAAAAGUUGUCGAGAACUUCAAUGACCCCAACAGUUCUGACUUCAUAUUCAUGUUGAGUAGCAAAGCCGGCGGUUGUGGUCUGAAUCUGAUCGGCGCUAAUCGUCUGGUGAUGUACGACCCCGACUGGAAUCCAGCCAAUGAUGGACAGGCUAUGGCUCGCGUCUGGAGAGACGGUCAACGAAAGCAGUGCUAUAUAUACCGACUGCUGUCGACCGGAACUAUUGAGGAGAAGAUCUUUCAGAGACAGACACAUAAGAAGGCUCUGAGCAGUUGUGUUGUGGAUAACGAGGAGAACGUCGAAAGACAUUUCACUCUUUCAGAGCUCAAAGAACUGUUUCGUUUGGAACAAGACGUCAAAAGCGAUACUCACCGUAAGCUUAACUGCAAGAACUGUUUGAACGACAUUCCCAUCCGAAACCCUCCGCCCGAUGCCGACUGUCAGCGCGAUCUCUCCGAAUGGUUCCACUGCCCCGACAAACGACAAGUGGUUGAUGUCAUACUUAAGAGGGCAUGGGAUCAGGGAAUCACUUAUUGCUUUCAUCAGAAAUCUCACGAACAAAAAGGUAUUCCUUGA